AUGUUGGGAGAAUCUGCAGUGGAAGGAGCAGCCUUGAGACAGAAGCUGGUGAGUUUUCUGUGCCAUCAAAGCAGAGGGGUGCUAGCUGAUAUACAAAUGUCAAAUGGAAGGGGUGGGAUCCAGGAUAGCCCCAUCUGAGCAUCGUAAUGGCAUCUUGUUGUGAACUGGGUAAGCAAAAUCACACAGCAUAUGUUUUUCAGAAUCAUAGAAUCACAGAAUUGUGGGAUUUGAAGGGACCCAAGGGCCAUCUAGUCCAGCCCGCUGCAAUGCAAGAAUCUCAACUUAAGCACCUAUGACAGAUGGCCAUCCAACCUCUGCUUAAAAAAACCUGCAAGGAAGGAGAUUCCACAACCUCCCAACAGAGUCUAUUCCAGCGGACUAGAUAAGUUGUUGUUGUUGUUUAGUCAUGUCCGACUCUUCGUGACCCCAUGGACCAGAGCACCCCAGGCACUCCUGUCUUCCACUGCCUCUCGCAGUUUGGUCAAACUCUUGUUAGUAGCUUCGAGAACACUGUCCAACCAUCUCAUCCUCUGUCAUCCCCUUCUCCUUGUGCCCUCAAUCUUUCCCAACAUCAGGGUCUUUUCCAGGGAGUCUUCUCUUCUCAUGAGGUAUUGGAGCCUCAGCUUCGGGAUCUGUCCUUCCAGUGAGCACUCAGAGCUGACUUCCUUAAGAAUGGAGAGGUUUGAUCUUCUUGCAGAGUCCAUGGGACUCUCAAGAGUCUCCUCCAGCACCAUAAUUCAAAAGCAUCAAUUCUUCGGCGAUCAGCCCUCUUUAUACCAGAUAAGUAGUGCUAGAUAUUUAGCUGGGCUCUCCCUGGUGUUGUUAACACCUUUAGUUCUCAGAAUACAACACCCAUAUUAACAUGCUGCUAGAUGGAGUGAGAUGCUGUCUUUUCCUCCACCCCCCCCCCCCGGGAAAAAGACAUCUGACACAGUGGAGCCUUUUCCGUUCUGGCAUUAGCAUGACUUGACAAAGGUUGGCAGUGUAGUGGAUACACAGAAACAGUAACUUCCUUGGCAACCCAGCACAAACGCUCCUUGUUAGAGCGAGGAAACCAGCUAAGUACAGCAUGACUGUCUUAUCUGUUAGAUAGCAUGGGGAUGUUUGUGUAUAUCCAGUGUCUGAGAAGUAACCUCUUUGAAAUGGCCAGAGAGACUUCUGGUUCCUUUAAUAUAUAUCCUGUCCAAGACGCUGACUAUUUUGCUGGGUGGGGGUGGGGAAGAGAUGCUGCAGGAAACCCAAAAAGAAACAAUCUCUAAUCUGAACCCAGAUGGUAGCAAAGAGCAGGAAACAUUAGGUAAUACAGCAAAUACGAUGCACAAUUUAAUUUUUUUUUUAUUUUUGCUGUUAAACUAUGACAUAAUCAGUGAGGUGGAAACCAAAGUCAGGAGGCCCCAUGAGAUCGUUAAGACUUUGUGUCAUUAGAGGAGUCGGGAGUCGUGGCUUGGGUCUGGAUCAGACACGACACGUUGUGGCAGUUAAGCGUCCUAGCAUCCGCACAGUCUCCGAGACAGUCAAACAAGCCUAAAACCAAGACUAGAGUGUGGAUACGCUCAAAUGGGGGAAACGUCGUUAGACACGUUUUGGGAAGGUUCUUCUUCAAUGGCCUUUGUCAUAAACGUUCCAUGUACACAUUUGCAAGGCAAAUGCGUAAUGAUCCCACAAUUUGUCAUCUUAUAAGUGAUCAAUUUCUAAACUAACUCCCAGCAGUCCUUUGGGGGGAAAGUCAUGUUCUAUAGACAUGCUUCAAAUGCCUCCCGCACCCUCAAUAGAUACUGUAGAGUUUGAAAACGGCAACCAAACUGAUCAUGUGGGUGGAGUAACUCUCAUACAGUGGUACCUUGGGUUACAGACGCUUCAGGUUACAGACGCUUCAGGUUACAGACUCCGCUAACCCAGAAAUAGUACCUCGGGUUAAAAACUUUGCUUCAGGAUGAGAACAGAAAUCGUGCUGCGGCGGUUGCGGGAGGCCCCAUUAGCUAAUGUGGUACCUCAGGUUAAGAACAGUUUCAGGUUAAGAACGGACCUCCGGAACGAAUUAAGUUCUUAACCCGAGGGACCACUGUAUGUGGAAAAGUUACAGCAUUUGGGACUUUUUUAGCUUAGCAAAGAAGUAAGUUGUGACAUAGCAGAAAUUUAUAAAAAUUAUGCAUGGCAAGGAGAAAGAAGACAGAGAAACGUUUUUCUGCCUCUCUCAAAACACUAGAACUUGUGAGUGUCCAAUGGACCUGGAUGUUGGCAGAUUCUGGGCAGAUAUAAGAAAGCAGCUCUUCACAGAGCGCAUAGUUAAACUGGGGAACUCACUGCCACAGGAGGCAGUGAUGGCCACCAACUUGGAUGGCUUCAAGUCAGAAUGAGGCAAAUUCACAGGGGGGCAAGGCUCUCCAUGGCUAUCACCAGCCAGGUUGACUGUGUUCCACCACCAUAGGUAGAAGCAUUAUGCCUCUGAAUACCUGUUGUUGGGUAUCUUUUACAGGUGGGCAAGAGGGCUGUUGCACUCGUAUCCUGCUUGGGGGCUUGGCAUUGUCUGUUGUGAGAGCAAGAUGCUGGGCCAGAUGGCCACUGGCCUGUUUCAGUUCUAGGGUGUGCAUGCAGCCCCAGUGCCCACAGAGAAAGCAUCAGUGCCAUGCAGUGCAGGAAGACAGACAGAAGUGUAAACCUGAUUCUGUGUCAUCUCAUCCAUGCGUGCAGGGCCCUUCUGUUCUCUCUCCAGGUCUGCUGCACAGAUGCCCACUUCCUGGGCCACCUGUGGCACCGCUCCUGCCAUUCCUCCUGAGGCUGCCCUGGUGUCUACCCUUAAGGACUGCUCUGCGCCAGCAUCCCCUUGCUGGAACACUGCAGAUCCAGGCAGAUGCAUUACCACCCCGUGCUAGAUCUUUAAAUAUGCUGACAACGUUACUGCUUAUUUAUUCCGGUCGCAUUUUGAACGAGAGAAGCAAAAGCCUGCUGGUAUUGUGCCAGAAAUGCGAUAUAUAUAAUGAUGUUGUUUAGCAGCAACUGUCUCACUUGGUGCUGUUGACAGCAAAAUAAAUUAGCAUGAUAAACAUAAUUUCUCAAAAACAGCUAAGUCAAAACAGAUGGUUUAAAAUAUUUUGGCAGGGCCCAUUAGCCCAGGUUUACAUGUAUGUGGAGACAUUAGUUCUGCUGAUGACAUAUGGUGCCUAUUUACUAUUUUUGCAGCGAAAUGCUCUCGUCUACAGCUUUAUCACGGAGAAAGAGGUUGAAGGGUUGUUUAGCUUUAGUUAACAGAGAUCUAUUACUUGCUAAUUUACAGAAGAAGAAAUGGGGAGGGACGGGGAGAGGGGGGAGUGUAGCCAUAGUAAUAAUUCAAGGAGCAGCGGAGGAAAGUGGAGGAUAAUGACACAUUUGUACACUGACACAAUAGAGUAUUAUUGAAUGCUAAUAGCUACUUGUAUAACAAAAUGAUGGGUUGCUUAUUUUGCUCACUGUGUAGAAGUUAUCUUCCUCCCCAUCAGCUCAUGCCAUCCACAGCAUGAGAUAUUCCCCAAUAAUAGUGACACUUCCCAGUAGCACCAGCUUUUAUUGCGAGUAUUCAAAGCCCUUUGAAAAAACACUAGUUUAGUGAUCCUCAAAAGUUGUCUAGUAAGGUCACGCAGUCCUGGUAUUCCCUGUACGGGAGAUGGGUUGUGUAUGUGAAGGUGCUGAGAGGCAGUAGCCCUGCUAAGGUUAUCAAGAUGAAAAGCAUCUAGGGUCAGACUAGGCAAUCAACUUGGCACUUGGUAGAUAUGGCUGGAAAGUGACUCUGAUGCUGUGCAGUGACUGGGCACAGAUCUGUGAUUGGUCUGGAAUGUCUCGGGGCAUGAGGUGAGGGCUGCCACCUUGCAGGUCUGGUCAGUAUCUGCAUGGGAGACAACCUGGGAACCUCACGGAUGCCACCUUUCAAGUGCCAUGAUGGCAUCAGGGCAGGGAAUACAUGCACACACAAAAAUGCACAAAUGUGUGAACGAAUGGCCGCAUGGUUCCUCCAGCAUCCAGCUAACCUACAACUUGACAGUUAUUCUUGAUUUAGAGCUCUUUGCUAGUAGAACAGACAGUGGGCUCUCCUUUGCUGAAGGCAUUAAAGCAGAAGGAGGACAGCAGCUGUCUGGGAUGCUGUAGCUGUAGAUCAUGGGUAGGCAAACUAAGGCCCCGGGGCCGGAUCCAGCCCAAUCGCCUUCAAAAUCCAGCCCAUGGACGGUCCAGGAAUCAGUGUGUUUUUACAUGAGUAGAAUGUGCCCUUUUAUUUAAAAUGCAUCUCUGGGUUACUUGUGGGCCAUAGGAAAGCAUGCACAGGAAGCUAGCAUUGCUCAAACACAGGGAGGACAAGGCCACGCCAUUGGUUUUUGCAAUGGGCCUCUUAGCUGCAGGUUUGGGUGUGAUUCCCCCCCCCACCUCUCUCUUUUCAAGGUCCUUCAGUGCUCCCUUGCCUACCAUGUCUCUGCCUGACUUCCUAUAGGGCAGUUUGGUCUAUGCUAUCUUGUCACUCUGUAUUUAGUACAGCUUGUCUUUCGCAUAUUCCUGAGGCAGGUUGGUGGGCCUCCUUGAAGUUCAGGGGCUGAAAGUUUGGGUGGAUGGACAUUUGCUGGAGUAGUCCAAGGGUGCGGUGCCCCAUCUUUUAAAAACCAUCUCUUAACACAGCCUCACACACCUAUAAGCAUUCAGCCACACAACCCUCCCACCUGCUUUCUGAAGGGCCAUUCCAGGUACCAUUUCUACAGGUGAGUGGUGGCUGAGACCCAGGUGUCAAUUUUAUUGGUCCUAAUUUUUUAAGGGAAGAGCCCCUUAGCAGCUUUCCCUGUGGUUAAGUGAGGUGGAGCCACAGAACACCCUCCUACAGUUCUCUGCCGUCAGGAUUGUUUGUAAGGAACAGCUGUCAGCGAUUCUCCUAGGAGAAAAAUUUGAGCAGAAUCAAUAUAUUUAAUAGUGAAAGCAGUAAGAACUUUUACGAUGUCUUGACUUAAAUAAAGCAGCCAGCAAAUCUUUCCCCCUCCUCGCAGUUCAGUUAAAAAGACUGUAAUAAAGUAUUAGUAAAACAUAGUUUAAUUGAUGUUUAAUGACUUCCAAUAUAUUUCAAAUGACCAUCCACAAGUUAUUUUUUGACAUUUAUUAAGAGCCAUUAGAUAACAAUUUCAUUGUGAUUUUUAUGACAUAAAUCUGAUGGGUAAAAUCUGAUGGAUUGAUAGAUAAAUUAAAAUGUAAUGGGGUCUUAGGGUGAGGGAAUUAGGCUAUCUUGCAGGUCUGUUUUUGAUGUCAUAAAUGAAAGGAAUAUUGUUUGAAAAGAUUUGUUUAUACCUCUUGGCUUUCACAAUGUGCUGUAAAAAUAGGUGUGCGGCAAGCUCUUAUCACAGAUUAAAAAGUAGGAUGUGGGGCAAACAAAUGUUAAGGGAAUGGUGUCAUCCCCUGAGCCUAAGUUGCACAUAAAUGAACAAGCAAGAUUGUGAUUUUAACUCACACAGGAAAGUUUUACUCUGCAUUUUGUUGACACUUCCAUUUAUUAUCUCCUUAAGGGGUCUUCCAAAACACCUGUUUGUUGAGCAUUCAUUGUGAUUUGCUUCCAAGGUGUGUAUAUGUUUUUACUCAUCCCUCCCAAACUUUUCGAUGCAUUUUCUUGUCACUUCAGUAACUCCAAAAAAAAAGACUUUUCUUAAAAAGUGGAUUUGCUGCAGUGACCAUUCAUUGCACCCACAUUAUGCAACCUCAUUAUGUCAUCAGGCCAAUGGAAUGGUAAGAAAAAGUUAGUACCUGGAUUUUCUUAUUUUCCCUCUUUUUCUUCUUCCCCCACAACCCUCCAGUUCCCACAACGUUUCCUUUCCUGCAUCUUAGACAGUGUGUCAAUACUUAAAACUGCAAAGUGCCACAAGUGCUUCAGUAGAAAAGUGGCCUAUAAAUCUAGGAAGGAAAGGAAAUGUUCCAUGAUUCUCACCCCAACCACAGAUCAGUUGCCAGUGCUGAUGCACAUCUGAGAUAGCUCAGUUGGUAGUGCAUGAGACUCUUACUCUCGAGGUUGUGGGUUCAAGCUCUACGUUGGGCAAAAGUUUCUUGCAAUGCAGGGGGCUGGACUAGAUGACCCUUGUGGUCCCUUCCAACUCUACAAUUUUAUGAUUCUGUGUGGAAGCAUGCAAAAAGUCUCGAGUUCAGUCUCCUGGUAGAAGUGGGAGAGACUGCUGCCUGAUACUCAGGAGAGCUGCUACCAGUCGGGGUUGACAGUAUUGGGCGAGGUGGAUCUGUGGUCUGACAUAUAAGUCAUUUCCCUUUGUAUCCCUUCAGAAGCAGUGUGAAGAUGUGGCUUUUCCAGAAAGCUUUUGAGAUUGGCUGAGGCAGUUUUGAGGGCAUUGUUGUACAUUUGCAUAGCUGUUUUAAUGUCUGCUCUGUGUGUUUGUGAUCUGCAAUUACCAAUAUGUUUAAUUUGGUUUAGUCACAAAGAAAUGCAGGGUAUACCAUUUUGAAAUAGGCAAGCAAACAGCGAAUCUACAAAAAGUCACACACAACUUAUGCACCUCCCUUCGGAGGCUAGACUGUCUAUCACUGACACUUUUGUCCCAGGGAGUCGGGAACGAAGCAUUUGUUGGGGGUACUUGUAGCCUCUGAGCAUGUUGGCUUUCCUAGGCAGAGAAGUCAAAAUAGGCACUGAUUUCUAUGUUUGAGAGAGAAAAAACCCUUAAGUUCCCUUAACAGAACUCAUUACGUUACCUGGCAGCUACGUGUUUCUUCAGUUGAACAAGGCGAAAAAGUUUUGACAUUUCCCCCACCCCACCCCCUGGCUGCAGAGCAAUCAAAAUGGACAAUAAAACUUGCCAAUUUAUGAACAGCUGAAAUAUAGGCCUAUGGGGAGGUGUGUCAACCUCAUUCAGAUUGAUGGCCAUGGGGAGUCCCUCUGUUGGAGAAACAAGAUAACUUUGAAACGAGGCGAGGAGGAGGAGGAGGCCAAGCGUGCGUAAGACUUGGCCGAGGAGCAAAGCCCAGAUUUUUCGUUGGGUAAGUUUUUCCUAAAUGCCUUCUAUAGAAACUUCAAACACUUUUUCCAAGCAACGCUCCAGGUAAAGUCCCUUGACUUGCGUAUCUAAAGAAAAGCACUUUAGCGGCAAACCUCAGGAGCAGAUGUCAGCAUUUCUGGGACUCAUUUGACGUCACUGAAACCAGCGCAGGUGGCCCUGCUGGCAGGGGUAUGGUGGGCCAUGCCAGGCAGUGGUUGCAAAACAUGGCAGCAUCUUGCCAUAGUUUCCCGGAAAAACCAAACCAAAUCAAUUCCAGCAGCUAAUAAAGAGAGCCAAGGGGAGAUAGCUUAGGAGUGUGGAACUCUGCGGCUGGCAUUGAAGAGGAGCUGUAAAAUCCAGAUUCAAAACUUUCUUAAAAGACAAACAAACCCAAUUACAUUUAAAUAGCAAAACUCGGUGUUAUUUAUGAUCAGAAUUCCCCCAUAUUUGUUCAUAUUUAUCAUAUUUCUUCACAUGAUUAAUACAAUUUGGAAAUUAAGUACAGUGGUACCUCAAGUUAAGUACUUAAUUCGUUCUGGAGGUCUGUUCUUAACCUGAAACUGUUCUUAACCUGAAGCACCACUUUAGCUAAUGGGGCCUGCUGCUGCUGCUGCGCCGCCAGAGCACGAUUUCUGUUCUCAUCCUGAAGCAAAGUUUUUAACCUGAAGCACUAUUUCUGGGUUAGCGGAGUCUGUAACCUGAAGCGUAUGUAACCUGAAGCGUAUGUAACCUGAGGUACCACUGUAGUUGGUGCAUGUUUAUAUUUAUUUUAUUUACUUCAAACUUUUAUAUACUGCAUAACAUGCUCCUGUACCACUAGUGCAAAUGCAGCCCCCGCAGCCCCCUCCACUCACUCAAAUGGGCAAACCUUUCUGGACAGAUAUUCUCGCUGUGAGGAGAAGACAGAAGGCUUGAGUCUCUGGAACUUGAAAGACUACCUUCUUCCGCAUGAACCUGCCUCAGAACUAGUAUCUUCGUUGCCUCAGUGGUGCCCUGUCUUCAGUGGCGAGUAACCGGGGAAAGGGCCUUCUUAGUGGUGGCACCUGACUUAUGACAAUGGAGUCUCACUUUUAAGUUUCAGGCACCAGAUCAAGCUGACGUCUUCGUUUUUAUUCAUCCAGGCAUUUUAGUCAGUUUUCUUGCCAAGAGAAUGCCCUGAUGAUUUAAUGCCAAAUGAUUUUAUUCCUAUGGUACCGUAUUUUCUGCCCUAUAGGAUGCACCGUCCCAUAAGGCGCACCUAGGUUUUUUUGGGGGGGGGGAAAUAAAGGGAAAAAAAUUUAUUUCCCCCCCAGGCGCGGGGCUGGGGCGGGGGAAGCCCGAGCUUCCCCCGACCCCAGCCCCCAGAACAGGCAACUCUCCGCAAGCCGUGGGAGCCUGGCGCCGGGCUCCCGCACCUUGCGGAGAACUGCGCGAAGCCUGGAGAGCAAGAGGGGGCGGUGCGCACCGACCCCUCUCGCUCUCCAGGCUUCAGUGAAAGCCUGCAUUCGCCCCAUAGGACGCACACACAUUUCCCAUUCAUUUUUGGAGGGGGAAAAUUGUGUCCUAUAGGGCGAAAAAUACGGUAUUUCACCCUGGUUCUGCAAUUCGUAUCUUGCCUCUGUUUUCAUCUUGCUGUUUGUAUUAUUAUUACUGAGCCCUUACUAUUAUUUAUUUUUGUUGUGCAUUCUAUUUAAUUUAUUAUACAUCCUUUUGUAUGCUUUAUCUUUUAAAUCAUCCUGCCACCUGCUUUGGAAGCUUGCUUUCAAACUGAAAACCAGGCAACUGAUAAAACAAAACAAAACCAAUAGCUGCUCCAAUCAAGGCAUACUCCAGCUCCAGGUACAAAGCCCAGUCGCUGGACUUGGUGAUGAACGCUCACCCUGAGGCUACAGAGAGCAAUGGAGGAGAGAGUGGUUUAAAAUUUUCUUUGACGUGAUGGUGAACCACAAUACCCAGGAAGCAGGAAGAGAUAUUUCAACCCCCCCACCUCAUUUGCCUGUUGUGCCUUGGGAAAGGAAACAGGCCCCGUUUGCAAGAGAGCAGCCAAGGUGAAGGCCGACACAAACAGAGGCGCUAUUUAAUUCCUUUUCGUUCCUUGAAGUUCACAGCCGAGUGGGAUUGUUCUUUACAGUGAAAGAAGAAGUCCUGGGAAAGGGUGCAAAGGAUUGUGCCUCGUCCCAUGAGAAACCCUUCCUUUAAUUAGGAAAAAAAGAGACCUCUGUGGGGGUUGGGUCUCCUCCCCUCUGUGUUCCUCACAGGCACUUUCGAUGUGUUUUACCAGUUUGGCAGCAAAUCCCUCUUCUUCACAUAUUAUUGCUGAGGGGGUUGUGGUUAGCAGAGCACAGUCUUUCCUCGUGGACAGUUCUGGGUUCAGUUACUUGCCUCUCCAGUUACAAAGAAACAGGAAGUGGCUGAUGGAAGAGCCCUUUCUUGACCUGAGAGUCCUGGGCAGCUGCUGCCAGUCAGAACAGGAAACACUGGGUUAUAUGGCCUGACCCUCUAUUUAAUUCUUAUUCUGUCAGCCAAGCCCACUUCCUGUUGAACUUCCACAGGACCUUUUUAAAAAAUAAUUCAUCAGGCAUGUUAAGUUUUCUUACUUGCGAUUUCUUACCUAAUUUUAAUCUUGGGUCAUUGUGCAAACUGGCAUUCCUAUCUAUUAGCCACACAUAGUCAGUGCCUAUGGACUGAGCCCAGUGAGGUAACCUGAGCGAUGGCUUAAAUACUAAGGGAGAGGGGCACGAUGGUGGCCUUCCUCCCGAACCGGGAACCAUAAGGAACAGGGAAGAAAGAAAUUAACAGGAAUCCCGGGGAAGGAAUGAGAGUUUGAAGUGUCAGCACAAGGCCUUGAUUCCGCAAAUCCAGGAAAAGCCUCAAGCCCUUCAAGCUAACAGCCACCACAAGGCAAAACGGGAUGAUAGAGGAGCAUUUGCUGAUUCUUUCUCUGGCUCCUGGCCCAGCUCUGUGUUACUUGCAGCAGAGCGGCAACUCGUCAGGUGAUCUGGCAUAAGGGCCUCGGAUUGGCACAAAGGGGUGCCAAUCAUGGUACUAGGUGGGUGCCAUUCAUCCUUUGGGAGGGUGGCUUCCUUCUCAGCCUCUUCUGCAUCAAGAUUGGGAGUGGUCAUUUUUUUCACCCAAGGGCCACAUUACCUUCUGGGCAAGCUUCUGGAGGCCACAUGCCAGUGGUGGGAGGGGCUACCAGGAAAAGUUGGCGGAGCAACGUAUGUAAAUUUGUACAAUAGCCUGGUUUUCUACACAUGCGACUCCCACAUCCCUCUCUGUCCUCCAUUCAGACAAGCAAGAAGCAUUAUUAGGGUUCAAGGACAUGCAAAACACUCAGGGGGGUGAGGGGGACCAGUGAGGGGUGUGUCCUGGGGAGAGUUCUGAGGGCCAGAGAGAGCGGCCUGGAGGGCCACAGAAAGCUGGCUUAUACCGUUGGCCCCUCUUAGCUCAGUAUUGCUUACACUGACUGGCAGCUGCUGUCCAGGGUUUCAGGCAAGACACUUUCCCAGCCCUAUCUGGGAUUGAACUCGGGACUUUUUUGAAUGUAAAGCAGAUGCUCUUCCUCUGAGCUAUGGAGAAGUUCCCCACCACUGGCCAAGAACCUCUAGCCACUCUGCUGGAGGUGAGAACAAUAAUUAUUUCUGUUCCAAAUAUUUUCUUACCAAAACCAAAGCCAGGAGGAGUAAAAAAAGAAUGCACAAAAAACUCCCCAUCCUUACCAAAGAAAAUGAGAGAAGCGCCUACCCCAUAUUUCUGGACACGACCUAAUAAAGGGCAGUUGGGCUCACAGGGGGCACCUGAAACCUGAAUGCUAAAUAGAGCCUGCUUUUUCAUGUGUGCAGAUUUCCUUAUGGGCCUACCUUGAGAGCAAUCCAAAACCAGAAUGGUCUUUUGUGCAUUACACCGCUGCUCUUGUUGCCAGUUUUUUUUUUUUGCAAUGACGUAAGAAAGGGUUUUGCCCUCCAUGGGGUUGCUGCUGCAGCUCCUACCUGCCCCAGCCAGCGCUUGCCCUCGAGGGCACCACGUUGGGGAAGGCUGAUCCGCUCAAAUAGCACCAACCCUUAUUGUUGCUGGCGUUAUGAGAUUCUCAGCAAGGGUACCUGAGGGUCUUCCUUCCUUUUUCAUGGUAACAAUCCUCCCCCCUCCCCCAACCAGUAUCUUAGAGAUCGCUGUUCUCUCUCCUCUCAAAUUUGACUUCAGCAAUUUGGGUCAAAAGCUGGCUCAGGGAUGUGAAUCCUGGAUCUCAGCCAGCAAACUUGACUCUGUCAGCAGAGAAAGAGUGAGGUGGCCACAGAGUGGUAUGAGAAUUAGGCUUCUGGAAACAAACCUGAAAGCAGAAUCCAACAUUGCUGUCCAGAUUUUGUUUGUUUGUUUUGUUCAGUUUUUACAAAGCUUACAAGGUUGUGUUCCAUCCUUGCCUGGGUCUUCCACAAAUACAACAGGAGAUCUGAGAGGCCGUUCCUUCAAAGCGAAUUGUUUGUGCAGUUUACCCGGGCAAUUAAGAACAAGACUCAUCAGUGUGAGUCACACUGAACCUUUAUUAAAGACUCCACUCUGGCUCCAGAGUUUAUUUUGCGAAUCUCUGUCUCAAGGGACUGGCAAACUUGUGUUUGGAACCGGCAAAAAAGAAAGCAUCUUAUUAGCAUCAUAGAAUGGUGAUGCUCAAAGGAAAGGACUCAAAGGUGCUGCUACCGCUGCCCCCUCCUUGCACGAGGGCCUCAGUCACUUGCCUUGAGAGAUGGGGAGGAGGCAGACGGUACGUAGGGACAAAGGAAGCUGCCCUGUACUGAAUCAGACCACUGGUCCAUCUAGCACAGCACUGUCUACACUGAUGGGCAGCAACUCUUCAAGCUUCCAAGGAGGGGACAGUCCAAGCCCAGGGUGGAGAUGCCAGGAAUUGAACCUGGAGCCUCCUGAAGGCAAAGCAGGUUCUCUACCACUGAGCUAGGACCUUCCUAGCAGACCUUUCCCCCGGCAAUGACUCAGCCCCAUUUGGGGCAAGCAACAGGACGCUCACCCACCCCUAAAUACCUGCCUUUGACAUUUGCAAAGAAAGAUGGUCCGUAGCAAAAUGCAUGGUGUGGGACCGAGUGUGGUGUGGUGGUUAGAGUGUUAGACUAGGACCUGGGAGACCCGGGUUAAAAUUCUCACCGUGAGACCUUGGGCUAGUCACUAUCUCUCAGCCUAACCUACCUCGCAAGGUUGUCGUGAAGAUAAAAUGGAGAAGGGGGAGAUGUUUGUGUACACAGCCUUGAGCUCCUUUGAGGAAAGGGGUAUAGAAAUGCAAUAUCAAUCAAUCAAUGCUGUGAGCUACUAUUCAGGUCAAAACCUAAGUUUGACUUCAAGACAGCAAAAAGAUGCUUUGAAAUCAUGGUUUGAUUGUCAUGCUCAAGUACAUCUGCAGCAACCUAAGCAUUGGAAGCAAAGCAUGCAGAUCAGGUACAAGCUGGGAAACAUGGUUGUUGUUGUUUUUUUAAUUUCUGGAUUCUCAGUCCAAGUCUAUGGGGAGUGGUAGAAUGAUCUUUUCUCUCUAUCUCUCCCCCCCCCCCCCCGGACAUGCAUAUCACAAGCGAUUAAAUGCAUGUCUCAGCUCUGAUACAUUCUUAUAUAAGCAUAAGAAGUAGUGGUUGUCAUACAGUCCCUUGUCUGAGAGGAUUUUGUCUAGUAACAUCUGUGGGGAAGGUAUGACGCAAACUGUUCUGUAUUUUUCACUUUAAUUCUUGACCAAAAGUACAGCCAACUUUUUUUGUAAUGUCAGGUCUGCUAGAGACAAAGGUUAAGGUUUCAGCAGGCCGGACCUGGCUGCCUUUUGCGCUGUCCACAUAUGUACUGUGUACGGUUCACAUCUAUUCCAUUCUGCUUGUUUGGCAAACAUUGCCUCCAGCAACUACUUACAAUCUGUUAAUCAACAUGGCUUUAGAAUCUUUUGAUGAAGGGCAGCUCAGAAAUAUUUUACAUAAAAUAAACAAACCCUUAGUCAAAAAACAUUCCAUUUCCCUGUGAUGCUGGGAGCAACCAGAGAAGAGCCUGAGCUCAUGCUUUUAACUGAAGGAUGUGUUAAAUGGUCCUACCUUACGCUGAGUGGUGGGGCGGAGAUUUGAACUGCCAUUGUCCCAGCUACAGCACAUGCUGCCAAGGGGAUAGGCAGAGCUUUCAGGGAGAUUUAUUAAGGACAAAAUUUUAUUUAUUCCAUUUCUAUCCCACCUUUUCUCCAAGGACCUCAAGGUGGCAUACAUACCGUAUUUUUCGCUCUAUAAGAUGCACCAGACCACAAGACGCACCUAGUUUUUGGAGGAGGAAAACAAGAAAAAAAAUAUUCUGAAUCUCAGAAGCCAGAACAGCAAGAGGGAUCGCUGCGCAGUGAAAGCAGCAAUCCCUCUUGCUGUUCUGGCUUCUGGGAUAGCUGCGCAGCCUGCAUUCGCUCCAUAAGACGCACACACAUUUCCCCUUACUUUUUAGGAGGGGAAAAGUGAGUCUUAUAGAGCAAAAAAUACGGUAAUUCUCCUCCUGCCCAUUUUAUCCUCACAACAACCCAGUGAGGGAGUUUAGGCUGAGAGUUGAGCGACCAGCCCAAGGUCACCUGGUUAGCCUCAUGGCUGACUGGGGUUUUGAACCCUGGUGUGGCGUUUGCCCUCCUAGGGGUGUGACAUCAUACUGGGUUCAUAAGGAAAGGGUUAACUAAUUGUAAAAUGACUAACCAAUGGGAACCCAAGGGGCGAAGUUAAUUGUGUAUAAGGUAUAAGCACAGAGAGGUUUUUUUGAGAGGAGAGUUAGGAGUUAGAGUUGUUGAGAAGACAGUCUGGAGUUAGAUAAGAAGUCUGUGGGUUGGGCUAGUCUGAUGUGAGAGAGUGAGAGAAUUUGUUAAGAGGAGUCAGUCAAACAGCUGAGAUAAUCAGACAGAAGGUAUUAGGAAGGUAUAGACUGGUAAAGAAACGAAAGUUAAGAUACUGACAGGAAUAUUAUCUGAGAAACCAUAAACUUGUUAAUGUUUGUAAAAUAAUCUUGGUUUUUUUGGUUCACUUUUAACAACUGUCUGGACUCAAGUGUUUUACCCGAGAGUAACGGGUUGGUGGCAGCGGGGAAGUGAGCACAGUGGUGGCACAGGGAUCAACAGACCGUUAAACGUCUGGGGACCCUAUGUGAUCGCCACACCAGGUCUCUCAGGUCUUAGUGCAACACUCCAACCACCACACCACACCGACUCUGGGAAAUCUGCCUUGCCCUUUAGGAAAUUCCCUGCCCCACAGUCCUUCUGUGGGUGAGGAUGCCCUCCAGUUGUGGAAACCAAAGCCUAUGUGUGUGACUCAGGAAAGGGAGGAGGACGUUGGGGAACGUGGCAAGAAUAUGGUGGCGGCGGUUCUGCUCAGCGUCCGAUAUGGAUGGAUGGAGACCUGUCCCACAACAUCUGAAGACUUGACAGGAAAGAAGGAGCAGCCACCCCCUCCAUGACAGCUGUGAGCCAGAGCUCUGGAGCAGAUGCAUUCCAGAUGAGCACCACUGUUGAUUCAUGUGCAGGGCGUGACCACGGCUUGCAUUUCAGAGCAAGGCAGCUAACAUGGACUCAUCGACAUGAACCGCCUAGAUGCAGGAUGCUGGCUGUUUUCUUUCCUUCCUUCUCUCUCUCUUUGCUCCCCUCCAGCCUUCUCCUAGGCACCUCUUAAGGGAUCCCUUGCUUCCCUUCUGAGUCAUAAUCUGAAAGCCUAAAUCUGUUUUCUUGGAAGGACGUCUUAUUGACUCCAGUCCAUCAUUUCCAAGUAAGUGUGCUAGGACAGAACCCUCGAGGCACUUUAUGCCAUAUCAGGGGCCCCAGUUUUAAAAUAUUAGGAACAUAAGAAGCAGCCUUAUACCCAACCAGACCAGUGGUCUAUCUAGUACAGUAUUGUCUACACUGACUGGCAGCAGCUCUCCAGGAUUUCAGGCAGCCCCACCUGAAGACUGAACCUUCUGUGUGCUCCCUCACUGUGCCGUGGGGCCCUUCCCCACAUGAAGCCACUUCCCCCACUCUGGAAUCUCAGCUUCCCCAUUCUGCGUGCAACAGACUGGGCAUAAUGGUUGCAACUGGAUUCCUUUUCUCUCUUGUACACCGCUGCUCACCAAGGGGUUGGGUGGAAGAGGUUUCUACCUCUCCAGGAAUGGCCCACUUCACCUAUAGCUUGAAGAUUCCUCGGUGUAGCUGUCUCACGUGUCUUUCACCAGUUUGGGGACAGACUGAGAUUUAACAGGAAACCUGCCCAUGGACAAAUUUCUGACUAUUAUGCAGCUGUAAAAAGAAUCCCAACAGGAAAAAGAACAAUAUAGGAAGCCAGGAUUCAGAAGCUGCCCUAGAUAAACUCAGAUCCUUCGCUCACCUUGCUCAGAGACAGGUGUUUCCUUUCAAUACUGGGCAGUAUGUUUGAGGCUCUUUGUAAAUAAUAAGCAACAUAGUUGUUAUGAUUUUAGGGAAGGAAAAGGGAACAGCAGGUCUCUCCAUGCCUUCCCACAGGAUAGCCUUGCCCAACCUGGUGCCCUCCAGAUGUUGUUGGACUACAAGUCCCAUCAUCCCUGACUUUUGGCCCUGCUGAGCAGGGCUGAUGGGAGUUGGAGUCCAACCACACCUGGAGGGCCACACACACUUCCCAUCCCUAAUCUAGCUCAAUAUUGUCAGCCUUGACUGCCAGUGGCUCUCCACCAGGGAUUGAGUGUGGGAUCUUCUGCAUUGAAAGCAAGUGUUCUUCCACUGAGAACAUUGCUGGGGUCUUUGGUAGAUGUUUAAAUAAUUAUACAACCUUCCAUAUGCAUCUGGAGGCAACUCUGUAUCGGGAAACUUUUAAUCUGUGAUGUUCUGUUGUGUUUUUGUAUAUUCUGUUGGAAGCUGCCAAUAAUAAUAAUAAUAAUAAUAAUAAUAAUAAUAAUAAUAAUACCACCAUGUUAAAACACUGGUCCCAGGUAUGGGGAACCUAUGGCCAACCAGAAGCUGAACUAUAACUCCCAUAAUCCUUGGCCAUUGGCCAUCCUUGCUGAGGCUGAUGGGAGUUGUAGUUCAACAUCUGGAGAGCUAAAGGUUCCCUGCACCUGGUCUAUGCUGCCUGCCUGUUAGUGGUUCUCCAGGGUUUCAGGCCUGGAGAUACUAGGCUUGCAUCUUCCAAAUGCAAAACAGAUACCCUAGCACUGAGCUACAGUCCUUCCCCAUAUAUCCAGGAUGAGGAACCUGCGGCCCUCCAAAUGUUGCUGGAUAACAAACCACACCCACCCAAAAUAGUAGAAGCAGAAGCAAGAAGAUAAAAUAGCAAAUACCCAGCUGGGCCAAAAUAAAACCGUGCACUCAAAGCAGCUUUGACCAGUCACAAAAGCUUUCUGGAAAAAAAACAAGGUUUCACAUGGCAACCGGAGGUAUACAUAACAAAAUACCCAGUUUAUCUGGCCUAGUACUGUUGACACUUCCAGACGUACCUAAGAAAUGCAUACAGUCUGCAUGCAAAGCCUGUGUUCUGCUCCUUGAAUUCUGUGUGCUUUAAAACUGCUGUCCAAGAAUAAGGAACACAAGGGAGAUGAAUGGCAGGAAAUUACCUUUUGCUGCAUGCCACGCCCGAGGUAUCCCUUCUGCAGGAACUCUUCCCUAGGCUGUUGAGACUGGCACCCCAGGCCUCUGAGAAGGGAAAUACCUGCUCCCUCCACCCAGUUCCUGUCCAAUUGUGUAAUGCUGUGACAUGAGGAGAAAAGGAAAUUCCUACCCAGUGGCGUUGGCUGUGGGCUCUCAAGUAUGAGCAAACUUAUCUGUGGCUCCCCUUACUCAAGUGGUAUAGCAUCAGGCAACAGCACCUUUCCUGCAGAUGACUUUGCAUGGCUGAUCAGCCCUGGGAUAGCUCAUUGGGUAGAGCACAAGACUCUUAAUCUCAGGGUUGUGGGUUCGAGCCCCAGGUUGGGCAAAAAGAUCCCUGCAUUGCAGGGGGUUGAACUAGAUGACACUACACUACAAUUCUGUGAUUCUGUGCAUGAGCUCCUCUACUCUAGUGUAAAGUAUAUGUGUGAUGCUCGUCACCACCUGAUCAAGCCGUUACUGCUUCUGGCUUGCCAGCAAGCAAAGCCUUGCUUUGCCAAUUCCCAUCCAUUCCCAAAUAGUGACCUGCCUUCCAGCCUUGAAUUAUAUAUUCAUGAGGGCAAACGCUAAUUGUGAGAAAGGCAGGAGAGUCCCAGUUCGAAUUUCAACGACAGCAAUUAACUCAGGGGGUGGGCCUGCCCUGAAGCCAGUCUCUCUCUCACCAUCUGCACUAUGGGGGGCAAGAAGGUGACCCACCUCACAGGGUUGUUGUAAGGACUGAGAUUGUACAAGGAAAGUGCUCUGAACAGUCUAAAGCACUAUAUAAAUAACUGCUAACACUGCAAGCCUAUGCAUAUCUAGGCAGAAGCGAGUCCCGUUUAGUUAAACGAGAUUUACCCCCAGCAAAGCGUACAUAGUAUUUGCAGGCUCCUUCUUCUCUUAUUUGCUUUCCUCACAAAAGUGACCUGAAACUAACAAAAAUGGUAUAAACACUGUAACCAAUUUUGACAAACACAGCCAAUAACAGCCUUUUGGAAUAUUCGUGACUAGUUUGCACCCAGGUGGCCCAUCUAUGGACAAGGUGGGGUUUUAAUUUAAUUUUUUUAAAAAACAACAACACACACACUGAUUAUUUUAUAAUCAGCCAGUAUAAGAAGCUUCUGUUCGUCCGUAGCCACAGAAUGCUUGCCUGGACAUAACAAGGGCUCAUCACUUCCAGGAAAUACUGGAGAUCAGAUCUGAUUUGAUUUGAUUUGUAGAGGGGUGAAGUUCCACGGCUGGAGAGUCCUGAAUGCAGGUGCCAGGUUAAAAUGCUGCUAUUUUUGCAGGCAUUUUAACAGUAGUGUUGGGAGGGUGCUGAUAUAUUUUAAACCACAGGAAUCCAUACUGCUGGGAGGGGAGAGUGCUCCUUCUUUUGGGCUUCAACGCAGGCAUCUGGUUGACCUCUGUAAAAGAGCAGAAUGUCACACUAGAUGGGACUUAGGCCUGAUGCAGCAGCCUCCUCUUAAAUUCUUAAUAAAUAUCUCUCCCACCUUCCCCACUGCUUUUUACUCCUGUCUCCUAGCUCCUUUCCGGGGUUCCCGUUGCAUCCAGUAGAUCCAGACCUACCUUCUGCCCACAGUCCCAGCGUGAGCUCCGUGCCCAAGGAUUCACCUUGGUGAGCAGGUAAGCUCUCAGCAGCCCAUCUCACUGGGCACCGUGAAGGCAGGACUCGGAAUGCAAAGCCGUUCGUUGAGAUGCUUGUCAGACGUGAAGCCAGGUGCGGAUGCCGUUUGGGUUGAUGUCAGCUGGCUCUGCCUGGCAGCGAUUUGGAAAGAGGCAUUCAGAGAAAGGAUUGGGGUGCUGAAUUAUUGAUGCGCAUCAAUAUCCCGAGUAAUAGACUCCCCUCUCUCCCCAGCGCUCAGGUUUCAUGGGAUGUGAUUCCCCAGACUAUAGCCCUCUAAAGCUUCAGAUCUGGGUUUUUAAGCUACACACGAAAAACCCUGCUCUUAGGGCUCUUUGACAGGGGCAACAGCUAAAAAUGCACCAAGGGCAAGCAUAUCUGCUUGCAUGCCAUCUAUGAACCAUGCCACCUUCUCACAGGUGCUUGGAAGGUUGCUAUAAGCAGGACUUGGAAACAAAUGGUGUGGGGGGGGGACUGCCCAGUGAGGCCUGCAGCCCACUCUGCUAGGAGGAUGAAGUCAGUGUCAAAGCUGCCAGCAUCCUUAUGGCUUCCUGAAGUUAAUGAGCCCUGCUUCGCUUUCUAUUGCUGGUUCCCAAAAUCCCUUUAGCAACACACGGAGGUGGACGUGGAAUCAAUUGAGUGCUGGGAAAAGGCCUCUCGUAAUGCAGAGUUUCAGUUCAGGGCUAGUUUACAGAAAUUUGCACAACAGUUUUGCCAGCCAACCUUCACACCCAAAUUGCAAGAGAAGAAAUGGGGUGGUGGAGAAGGGGGUCUUGAGCUGCAGAUCUUGAGGAAGGCUCCUCCCCCACCCACCUCCCACUUGCAGCAUAGAUGAUACUAACCCAGUCAGAUAGGCGGAGUACAACUAAUGAAAAUAUUACAAACUUAUUAUUAUUAUUAUUGCUGCCUGGAGAGGAGAGAAUCUAUCAGUUGUGGUUCCUUUCAGUUUCCCAAGCUUCAGUUGAGCUUCCCAUAUUUCCGCAUGGAAAACCCAUUUCUCUUAAUAGGCACAUUUUUGAAUGACAUUUUUUCUCUCACUCACCAAUUUUUUUACAAGUUUCUCCCUCCGAUACAAUGCAUUGUUGUGUGUUCUGCAUUUCGGUGCAUGCUCUCCUCUAAUUUGUACCCAGGGGCAAAAGUGUGUGGGGCAAUGAAUGUAAUUUUUACUUUUGUACUGUGGGCUAGUUUUGUUCACACAACCCUCUCUUGUCAGGCAGGCAAGAGGCGUUCGCAGAAGACCACAUCAAAGCCAUGCAAAAAUCCCGCAAAGCAGGAGUGGUGAGGGGUAUAGCCUGGGGAGAAUGCCAAGGACUUAACAGAAACAUGAGAGGCCGCAUUUGUCUCCUGGACCUGAGCGCUGGGUUUAGGGACUUCCACUACUGACACUUCUCUCUGCGGUGUGCAGGCCCUGUAUUGUAUUGUCAUCUUCCAGGGAUUCUUUAGCUGUGACACGCGUAUCUGCAGGGGUUGUACUAGCUGAUCCUCAGGAUCUAUGAAGGGUAUUGCAGCAAUCAGGGUCAGCCCCUGUGGGCCCCAGCAGGGCUCUCACACCUUGCAAAAUGGCUCGAGCGCCGGCUGUGUUAGGAAGCAGACAUUCAUUUUCUGGCCACCAGGGUCCGCUUUCGCAGUUCUGCUUUCGCUCUUGAAAAGUCUAGCAGGGAACAGCUGGGAGGGCUUGUGGGUCGCCGUGCCAAUUGUGGUGGGUUUGUUCUAGGGUCUCGACUCGUGCGCACCAGGUGCGGUCCCGAUCGCGUGCCCCAAGCACUGCAGUCGUGCAAAACAGCCCGAGGCACGGAGCCCCUCGCAGCCCCUUGCAGACACUGGCUCGUAGGCGACGAGCCGCGGUGCCAACUGGGUCACAAGCGGCGGGGCCGGCAGCUCCCUGAGCGAUGCCCACAAGCGAGCACACGGGCUGGAUCCGGCCUGCGUCCUCCACGUGGCUUCCUUCCUGGUUCAACAAGAUCUCUUUCAUGUUGCUCAAUGCGCUGCGAGUUUGACUCCCGCCACGCGCACCGCUUGCGCAUUUUUUUCCUAGGGAGGAAACGCGAGGGGUUGCGUGAGAUCAGCCUCCUCCUCCUCGCUGGCGUCUCACCAGCGAGCCCGGGCUCCGCUUCCAAAAGGGGCCGGGCUGGCAGUCGCAGAUCCGGCCGAGAAGGUCGAGGCCGGCCCCUUAAUUGGCCUGAGGCGCCCUCUGCUGGACAUCGCUCAGACGCUCAGCCACGCAGCUCAUUUCCGCAAGCGGCCGGCCAGCUGGUGACUCUUCCCCAGGCGAGAACUGGGAAAACAACGCGCGUGGCCUGAGGCCUCUUCUGCAGGUACUCUUUACAUUUAUAUCGCAUAUAGUUCCACAUAUGUGUGUGUGUGAGACAGAGAGGGGGGGACAGAACGUGCUUUGGCAAAGAAAAGUGAUGGAAAAAACUUGGGUCAUUAGAAAUAUAUUUCUUUAUACAUUUCUUUCCCACAGUUUAUAUACCAAUUAACGCCUUAGUUUCUAAGUGGCAUGCAGCAGAGUUAGUCAGAUACAGUAAAGAUAAGAGCUAACCCUAAAAGCAGAAAAUUUAUUUUAAGUGCAUUGCUGGAAAUAGUACAUGGGUAGGCAAACUAAGGCCUGGGGGCCGAAUCCGGCCCAAUCGCCUUCUAAAUCUGGCCCACGUAUGGUCCGGGAAUCAGCGUGUUUUUACAUGAGUAGAAUGUGCCCUUUUAUUUAAAAUGCAUCUCUGGGCUAUUUGUGGGGCAUGGGAAUUCGUUCAUCCCCCCACCCAAAAAAAUAUAGUCCAGCCCCCCACAAGAUCUGAGGGACAGUGGACCGGCCCCCUGCUGAAAAGUUUGCUGACCCCUGAUAAUAGUAAAAUAUGUAGCCGGGAAGAGGCUGCUGCAUAUACUUUGUGGUUCUUAAUUACCAGGGACAACAGUCCUGUUUUUUUGCGUUCCCAUCCUCAGGUAAACCACUUGCUUUAUUUUGUCCUGAAUUGUGCCUUUAGGGCAAUACAUCAUCAAAAUGCCGUGAGUGCAAGUUGUCCGCCAUUGCCAUUCUCUGGCAGAAUUCACCUUCCUCCCCAGGGCCUCCAGAGGGACAAUCUCUGGAUUCGAAGGAUGGAUCUUUGGAACAUAGGAGGCAAAUAGAAAGGCCAAGUCAGGAGAACUUUCUGCUUGAGCAAUCUGAGCUGGCCAUUUAUUCAUUCAGUUGCAGUCCUAUCCCGCGUUUUUCGCCAAGGAACUGAAAGUGGUGAACGUGGUUCCUCCAUUCUUCAUUUAUACCCCACAACAAUCCUGUGAGGUAGGUCAGGCUGAGAGGCAGCGACUGGCCCAAGGUCGCCCAGUGAGCUUCAUGGCUGAGUUGGGAUUUGAACCCUGGUCUCCCAGGUCCUAGUUUGACACUUGGACCACUACACCACUCUGGUACCACCUUCUUUGCUGGAAAACCUCUGGUAAAAUAACUCUUUGCACGUUGCGAAUGUGUAUCAACCCCCUUUGGCCCGAACAUGGAAGAAGGAAAAGGUUAAAGUUGUUUCUUUGAAUGCCUUCAUUGUCCCCCAAAUCAGAAAGGCCAGAAUAUUACUAAGCCAAAUGUGGCAUUGCAUCAACAUGAAGCAAGCCGCUAAGGGAAUCUUCUCCAACCUGGUGCUCUUCAGAUUACAGUUCUCAUCAACCCCAGCCACAUGGCCAAUGUGUACAAACAUGGCACACAGGAAACCCCAAAUUCAAUCCUUGCUAUCCUCAGGUAGGGCAAGUAAUUUCCCCCUUCAUUUUAUUGUAUUAUCUUUUGGAAAUCUGCUUUGAGGUUUUGGUUUUUUUGCAAUUAAGUGGCAUGUAAAUUUUAUGACACAAAUAAAAAUAAAAUGACCCUAAUCCUAAGGAGCCACUGACAAUAUAGCCACUGAUAUGUAGACAAUAUUGAACUAGGCUGCAGGUGCCCUCCUGAUAUUGCUAGACUCCAACUCUCAUCAGCCACAGCCAGCAUGGCCAAAAAUCAAGGAUGAUGGGAAUUGUAGUCCAGCAACAUCUGGAGGGCACCAGGUGGGUGAAGGCAGCCCUAGUGUGAGGACAUGGGGAGCCUGCCUUCCAUUUUCCCUCUUCCCCCAACCUUUUUCCUAAGAUAACAGUGGGGACCCUUCAGAUGUUGUUGGACUAAAACUCCUAUCAUUCAUGCCCAUUGGGCGUGUCCCUGGAGCUGAUGGGCGUCGGAUUCCAGCAGGUUUCCCAUCCCUGCUGUAUAAUCAUUACCAUAAAUGUAACGUUUAUGGUUUACAAAGAGCCUCAGACAUACUGCACAGUAAUUAUAUCAGGCUCACAGUCUGAGAAGACAACACUGUGAGGAAAGGAGGAGGAGGACAAGGACGCAAAGGGGAAGAAAAAAGAUUAUAGCAAUUCAUCAUCUCAACAUAAAAAAGGAGAAGGCGAGAAACCAGACUGCAGGCUCUGUCAGCUCUGCUUCUCUUGACUGGAUUCCCAUUGAUGAAGUUGUCUGUACUGGGCAGGAGCAGAAGGGUCAAGCACCUGUGUGCUUCACCCAUUUGGGGGAGAGCGAGUGAGAUUGUUCACAUUCUGAGCCAGACAGAAACAUUCGUAGCCAGCAGCAUCUCUUGGGUUCCAGAUUUCACCGGGAGAGGAAGUGUGUCACUGAAUUUGUUAAUGUGUGAUUGCAACCACAUUGCAGUGCUCCUCUGACCCACAGGUGCUUAACUGGAUUCCUGGUAUCCAUACUCUCCAUUGUAAACAGAUCACCACCAUCGUCAAAUUCUUUUUAUUCCAGAAUGGGUUUCUGGUUGAACACCUGACUAAGCAAGGUGGGUGCACCUGGUGCCAUGGCGGUCCUUAUCACAUCACAAGAGGGUUGGGGGCCUGUGGGUCUCUAAACGCAGCUGGACUCCAACCCCCAUGCGUUCCAGCAGCCAGUAUGGCCAAUGGUCAGGGGUGGUGAUCGGAGCUGUUGUCCAGCAACAUCUGGCAGGUUCCAGAUCUCCCAGCCCUGCACCACAAGGAUCAUAAACUAACCCUUCUAGAAUCAUAGCAUUGUAGAGUUGGAAGGGGCCACAAGGGCCCCCUGCAAUGGAUGCAGGUUUAAAGCAUCCAUGACAGAUGGCCAUCCAAUCUCUGCUUAAAAUCCCCCAAGGAAUAAGAGUCCACAACCUCCAGAGGGAGUCUGUUCCACUGUCAAACAGCUCUCACUGUCAGAAAGUUCUUCUGGACUCCUUUCUUGUAACUUGAAGCCAUUGGUUCAGGUCCCAACCUCUGGAGGAAACAAGCUUGUUCCCUCUUCCAUGUGACCGCCCUUUAGAUAUUUGAAGAUGGCUAUCGUAUCUCCUCUCAGUCUCCUCUUUUCCAGGCUAAACAUACCCAGCUCCUUCAACUGCUCCUCAUAGGGCUUGGUUUCCUCUUCCUUCUUAGCUCUUCUGAUGACCUUUCCUCACAUUUGGUAUCCCAUGAUGCACUUGGGACCCAAGCAGCAGCCUUCUUAGAUACUCAAAAGCAGUGAAGGGUUUUCCAGCAGGUGUUUUAAGCUGACCCUUCAAUGCCCAGUUUAGCAGCCAGGAUCUAGACUGGGCCAGGAAAAGAGUAACGCAGAAAAGGGAGAUUUAGUCCAGAUAUUACUGGAGCAAAACCUCAUUUCUUGAAUGAAUUGCAGAGGGCAGGCCUGACAAAAGACAUCUGAGUUAGGAGGUGAAAUAUCACGCAAGCACCCGGUAAAUAAAAUCAGCCGGAUUAAUUUCUUCUCUUCUCCUGCCCUGGCCCGGCUCUCCCAACAUGAUGCUCAAUUCAUCAUCAAGCGUACAGCGCACAACGAUUUUCCACAGGAAUUGAAGCACUUAUGAUAAAAUGUUGCCAGCUCCAGCUACAUUAUUAUAAAAACAACAUCUAAUUUAUGGCAUUGGAGUGCCAAUGCAUUUCUUCACUGUAAGUCACCCCUGCCUAGGAUGGGCUAUAAAACCGUGAGGCACAAUGGCUUUCCUCGCCGCUUGCGAUAUCGCAGUAAUCAACCAGAAAUAUUUCCCACUGUGGAAAUUAGCGCUAAUUAAAUUCCAUAGCCCGAUCUAAUCACAGCAAAAGGUAUUUUGACAAAACAGCACAUUUUCGAGGUAGGAAUUCAACAGUAGGCUCAACAUUUAGGCAACAGAAAAAUUUAGGCGGCCUCAUAUCAUCAGUACUUAGGCAUUUGCUUUGUCCUGCUGAAACGUGCCAGGAGUUUGAAAAUGUAUGUUACAUUAAAUGGCAGCUUUUUACCGUCUGUCAGGGUUCAACCCACUUUUCCAAGUUCCAUCACUUAGACUGGAGGGUCUCCCAUUCCAGCAUACUAUUGACACUUUUUAUUGAGGCCCAGUAAAUUGACCACCCAAAGCCAGACUUUUGCCUCUUAACAGUCAUGAUGUCAUAGUAGGAGGAUGCCGUAACGGUCACUAUAAUCAUGGAGACCAGAUUCUCCAUAUCUACGUAGUUUUGAUUCCAUUAGGAGAAAUGUCCCAAUGGUAAAAAGGGCCAUUUGACACUGGGGCAGGCUGUCUUGCCUUCACAAGAGCCUGUGGAUUCCAGCACUGAAGGUUGGGACAGAUGACUGCCAAAGACCCUUCCAACUCUAAAAUCCAGUGAUUCUGUCUCAUGGGUCUGUUUAUUUUAAUAAGUUUCAAUUAAAAAUGUUCUUCUGUUACAAAACAGACAAAUAAGUGGAUAAAAGUGCAGCGGGGAGAGAGAUGGGGAGGUGUUGUUGUUUCAUUCUGUUGCAUAGUGUUAGUGUAGGGUUUGUAUCAGCAUCGUGUGGAUUGGUCCUUUGUUUAUGCUGGUUGCAGAAGUAUGGCUUCUUUGCAUGUGUAUUUGAGGGGGUGGGUUGGUUGUUGGGUCAGAUUAGCCCAUACAGUCAUACCUUGGGGUUGAAGUAGCUUCAGGAUGAAUAUUUUUGGGUUGCGCUCCACGGUGACCCGGAGCGCAACCCAAAACAAUGGGGCGUGAUACUUCCGGGUUUUGUUGCUCGCGCUCAAAAUGACGUCACGCGCAUGCGCGGAAGCGGUGGACCGCGACCCGCGCAUGCGCAGACGAGCAGUCGUGUGUUAUGUUCGCUUCAGGAUGUGAACGGGGCUCCAUGCUAAUUUGUUUGCUGGUUAACUUUUCUAGUAUGGCAGUUUCCCAUACAUUUUGGUGCCACUGGUCUACCGCAUGUUCACUCCUGAUAUCGCGGGCCUGUUUUGAGGACAUUAUGGGAUAAACCCCCUCCGUACUCCCCUGAGCUUUUUGAGAUCAUAAUGCAAUUGAUAAUAAUGAGGGAAUCAGAUCCUGUGACUUUUCUCUCAGGUGGUCUCAGCCUGGAGAAGUACACCCAAAAGAGCAAGGGCUCGUUAAAGAGACCCAAAAGAAACCAGUCGCAGCACUGAUAUCCGCAUCCCAAUUCCACCCGGCUGCAUUUUAAGAGGGAAUGAGAGAAAGAAAAAUGUUUUGGAUCCAAUUCCCAGCUCCGUUGGCAGGUUGGGGGUGACACGUCGAGUACUUUUACCAUUUUAUGGCCAGGUUUUGGCAGGAAAGGAGCAGCUAAAUUAUACCCUUAGGGAAAACAGACAGAUUUAACAGCCCAUGGUUUCCUGGCGCCCGGCCCAGAGUGCCUUCCCUUAGCUCAGAGGGCAUUGCUCUGUCUGCACCAUGGUACCAGGCAAAGUAACAGGAGAGCUGGCAAUGUCAGCCUGCAAGGUUUGACAGAAGAGACAAUAGCACGUCGCUCAUGCAGCAGCUCAGAUAAGGCUCUGACAAGCCAGGAAUAUGGGUGUAAUUUAGAUCAGUGUUCCUGGAAACUGAGUGGUGCUGAAAAAUAGUUUUGACAUUUCCAAAGAGAGUUGAGCAGACAUAAGCACAUCACUUAAUAGAUGAGAGUGUGAAAGGGCCAGAAUAGCAGGUGGGAACGGGAUAUAGCAAAAGGCAAUUUAGCAAGGACCUCUCUCCAAUAUUCUGGUUUGCUGCAAGCCAGCUUUUAAUGUGGGGGAAUAGGCAAGAAUACAACACCCCUCCCCUCCUCAUACACAGCCUGAAGUGGUGCACAGCUCUUGAGUUCACCCACUUCAGUCUAUUAUUUCAUUCUGUGUAAUGCUGGGAAGUGGAAUCUGUGCCCAUCCCAUGUGUUUUUGGAUUUCAGUGCCCAUUAUCCCUGACCCUUGGCCAUGUUAGCCAGGGCUGAUGGGAAUUGGGAGUGCAACAUCACCUGGAGGAACAGAAGUUCCUCACCCAAAGUGUGAAGUAUUGAAAUGAUUGUAGCAACACCAACAUUGCCCUAGCCAACUCUUAGAUUGGUUGACUGGUGUUGCUAAACCAGCUCUAAGAAAAACCAGAUGAGAUGGUGAGUCUAUACCACAGAUCUGUCCCUUUCUUCCUCUGCAAAAGAGACUUCCAUUUUUCUGCCUCAUUUUCAGAACGCUUUAGAAUUUGUUUAGACUUUUGAUAGUUACCUUGCAGAAGUGCUAAGAAUGGCACCUUUCCCUUUCCUCUCUGCAGCCUCCCUAGCUGCCCACAUUUCCUGAUCUGAAAAGCAGCCUCAAAGGAGGAGAUGCUGCACAAUGUCUUUCCCUGACCUUUAAUGGAAGCACAAGGCACCCAGGAGGGCUGCAGAGUGCAGAGAGAUGAUUUGUAGAAUGAAAGGGACCCUCACAAAUGCUACUCGGACACCUUGAAAGUAAUCAUGACAAAAACCCUGCAACCCACGGUGGGAAUUUCACAAGAAAAUGAUCUACCUUUGACCAUUUUCAAUUGCAGUUUCUUUUCUCAUUCAUUGAUAAAUAAUGGUGUGUGUGGGUGUGUGCAGGGGGAGAACAGGAGUAACUUUUGAACUGCACUAAUCUGGACUUCUAACUUCAGGUGGUGGUGGGAGCCUCACAUGAUUGGAUGCCCCACUGUGUGUCCACACACACAAACACUGAUGGGAUCCUGCAGUCAUUUGACUGGAUUUUGCAUUUGAGCUCUGCAAAAUACUGUGACCCCCCCCCCCCCCGCUAAUUCCUGCAUGGCCUUUUGUAAAACUAAACUAAAAAAGCCAAUAGUUUUUCUUCUCUGGGGUCAGGGUAUAUACUGCAUGCCCUAUGCACAUAUGUGAUCACUUUUAGUUUAUUGGUUUUCAGUGAGUCACAACAUUCUCUGCCACAGACAAAUAGCUCCCUUCACAGAAACCUGGACUUCCUGAAAUUGCAGAGCCAUGCUCUUGUGUGAAAAGUGUACCCAUUUUGUAGAACAUUUUAGACAAUUGCAAUGUGUUGUGUUGUGGAUCUGCCUUUGAAAACAAACUGCAGCCGGUCCUGAAGAGGGCGGCAAAAGCAUUACCUGGGACUGGUAUUGUUGUUGUUGUUUAGUCGUUUAGUCAUGUCCGACUCUUCGUGACGCCAUGGACCAGAGCACGCCAGGCACUUCUGUCCUCCACUGCCUCCCGCAGUUUGAUCAAACUCAUGCUGGUAGCUUCAUAAACACCAUCCAACCAUCUCAUCCUCUGUCAUCCCCUUCUCCUUGUGCCCUCCAUCUUUCCCAGCAUCAGGGUCUUUUCCAGGGAGUCUUCUCUUCUCAUGAGGUGGCCAAAGUAUUGGAGCCUCAGCUUCACGAUCUGUCCUUCCAGUGAGCACUCAGGGCUGAUUUCCUUAAGAAUGGAUGCGUUUUAUCUUCUUGCAGUCCAUGGGACUCUCAAGAGUCUCCUCCAGCACCAUAAUUCAAAAGCAUCGAUUCUUCGGCGAUCAGCCUUCUUUAUGGGACUGGUAUAAGACCAUCUUUACACCUUUCCUUUGCAGGCUGCACUGGCUCCCUGCAUUUGGAUCCAAUUUAAAGUGCUGGUUUCAGUCUUGAAAGCCUGAAAUGGCUUGUGAUCAAGUUACCAAAUGGAGCGUCUUCUCCGGUGUGCACCUGCCCAAACCUAAAGAUCUUUGGUGGCUCUUUUCUGAGUGGCUCUGCCAAAUAAAUAGGUUAGGCAGGGCCUUUCUGGUAGUGGCACCCCUGCUAGGGACUGGUUUUUCCAGUGAGGUUUGCUUGCCAUCAUUUUCAUGAUCUCUUCUUGUUCUAUAUAGCACUCCCACGAGAAAAGAACACGAACAAGCCCCAAACUACAGGGGGAUGCACAGCUAAGUAAUAACAGUAUAAAUAAGAUUCUUUACAAAAAGCACCAACAUGGUGUCCAUAUUUAAUGCAAUGGUAAAAGGUAGACAGUCCUAUGCAUUAUUUGUAAUAGUAUAUGUAAUAAAACUCCAAUGAACUGCAUAAAUGUGUUCUGGGUUUUCCAAUCCACUGGAGACUUUCAGAUUGUGAAUCCCCCCCCCCCCCAUUGCCGCAUUCCCUACAUUCUUACUUUAUUACCUUUUGGCACCAAGUGGAAGAACAUUGAAUUCAUCCAGGCUUUUUUAAGAACUUCAUGUUUCACCGCCUGGCUCUUUGUGUUUCAAAUUCGGUUUUGAUUAUGUUCAUUUUUAGAAUCAACCCAUCACAGUGUCCAUUAUUUUAUACUUCAGUGUUGUUCUUAUAAUCUGAACAGUUUAGAAACUUCUGCUAUGGGUACCAGUAUAAAUGAAAUAAAUAAAUAAAUCAUGAGCCAGUCCUCUCAUAGCAAGCUAUUACUAGUUUUCAUCUAGCAUAGGCAGGUCCCCACAUAAAGCAGGCUUGCAUACAGGACUUGGAACUCAAACUGAUGCUCACAUAUGUAAUGGAAGUACAGCAUAUAAUUUGCAGUUGCUUCCUUUUUUAAAGCUGUGUUUGUUGACAUCUCUGGACACUACUUAUGCAGAAGUAUUAAGGACUUUUGGUUUUGUGGGCUAAGUCACACUUCAGGUUACAACAAGGCCACUCAAUUCAGUCUGUUCAAUGUGCUUGAUUGCAUUUGAUUUGGUCAGGUUAAGAACAGCAUCUCAAGAGAUCAUCAUGUCACUUAGCAACAAUGGCUUGAAGAUUUUCCUCCUGUAAAGGUAAUUUUGAACUGUUAAGUCUACUGAAAUGCUUUCCCGGGUUUACAGGCAGGGAAAACAUUGUAAUGCAACUCUUUGAAAGACACAUAAAAGGGAGGAAAUCUUUUGAAUAUGUUGUGGUAAUUCAAAGUGAAUAGAUAGCUACCUAAAACAGUAACCAGAUAUGGCUUUGCAUCCUUUGUUGAAAUCAGAAUUUAAUUCAGUGCCGGGGGGGAAAAUGCACCACAUGAUUUCUGAGCAAAAGCCUUGAAACUUACUAUAUUUUAGCAGGUCUGAUAUAAGCCAGAGAUUACGAAGUCAGCUAAGAUCUAGAGCAGUGAUCCAUGAGCCAAAUUAUUUUAUCUGGCUAUCAUUUGUCUUAUUACAGUUUAAUCAAGGUAUGAUAAUUUUUGUUCUGUUUCACUCAUAGGGAAAAGAAGCAACGAGGCUGCAUUUCUCCGCAAUGCUUGCUAUUGUAGGCGAAUUCAGGAAAGGUGCUACUGCCAAUCUGCCGCUUGAAGGUAUAUUUCAGUAA